CCUCCCAAGGCCGACAAUUUCCAAUUGAAUCACCUCCUCUGGACCUCUCACAGACCCUCCCCACUCAUCAAGAUGCGUUCCACCGCUGUUCUCCGGAUGUUCAGGCAGACGCCUCGCAUGCUGCGACCCGUUCCCAAGGAGGACCAGGCCGGCCACACCGUUUCUCAGCGACUCCGAAAGCUCAAGCAGAUCCCUCCUGAGCUGUACCCCCUCGCUGUCGUCGUUGGCUUCGCCCUCAGCGCUGCCACCUACUCGAUCAGCCGCAAGUUCAUCGUCGACAAGAACCUCCGCCUGUCGCGACAGGGCCCCUCUGGGCGCACCGAGCACCACGGCGCGGCCCACGGUGAGGAGGAGAAGCAGGAGCACUAA